UCGGCGCUUCGUAGUUUGUCUUUUGGUAUCUCGCUGUAUUUUCUUGCAUUGCCAGACUCAAAACAUCGCGUUUAACGUAUAAUAGAUGCAGAAUAUCUUUAUUUAGUUAAACAGAGUUGCAGAAGAUGCGGGAUGGAUGUUAAUGUCUUGUUGCGCGCUUGACAGUUGUGGUGCACUUUUAGAGAGCCAUUUCUUUUUGACCAUCUGAACUGACAUGAGCAAAUAAUGUUACCGCGUAAAAGUAUCAUUCCUGAUGAGUUCUCUGUACCGGCGCUCGUGUCGCGGAUGCCCCGCAAGCCCGUCUUUAGGGACCGCGUAAACAAAGCGCGCUUUAUCGCCAAGAGCGGCGCAUGUAACCUAGCGCACAAGAACAUACGCGAGCAGGGCAGAUUCCUGCAGGACGUGUUCACCACUCUGGUGGAUCUCAAAUGGCGUUUCACCUUGGUCAUUUUUACCAUGACUUUCCUGUGCAGCUGGCUGCUGUUUGCUAUGGGAUGGUGGCUGCUGGCAUUUGGGCACGGGGAUCUGGACCUCAACCGUAAAGCAGGCAUACAGCAGUGUGUCAUCAAUGUCAACUCCUUCACUUCUGCCUUCCUUUUCUCCAUCGAGGUGCAGGUCACCAUAGGUUUCGGGGGACGUAUGAUUACCGAGCAGUGUCCCACAGCUAUAGCUUUCCUCAUAUUACAAAAUAUCAUAGGCCUUAUAAUUAAUGCCGUCAUGCUCGGUUGCAUCUUUAUGAAAACAGCCCAAUCCCACCGGCGCGCCGAGACCCUCAUCUUCAGCCGUCAAGCUGUAAUCGCCGUGCGCAACAACCACCUGUGUUUCAUGAUCCGAGUUGGAGACCUGCGCAAAAGCAUGAUCAUCAAUGCUGUAGUGCGACUUCAGGUGGUCCGAAAGACCACCACGCCGGAGGGAGAGGUCAUACCUAUCCAUCAGAUUGACGUGCAAACGGAAAGCGCUGGCAACAGCAUUUUCCUGUUGGCACCCCUAAACAUAUGUCACGUCAUUGACAAAGACAGUCCUCUUUACGAUCUAUCAGCCAUGGAGUUACAGUGUAGUGACCUAGAGGUUAUUGUGAUACUGGAAGGCGUGGUGGAGACCACGGGCAUCACUACUCAGGCGCGCACUUCAUACGUGGCCGAGGAAAUCCAAUGGGGCCACCGUUUCGUGCCUAUAGUGACCGAGGAGGAUGGUGUGUAUUCAGUGGACUAUUCAAAGUUUGGGAACACAGUCAAGGUGGCCACCCCGCGCUGUAGUGCCCGUGAGCUGGAUGAGAAGCCGUCGAUUCUGAUCCAGACGCUACAAAAGAGCGAGCUGUCGCACCAGAACUCUUUGCGCAAGAGGAACUCAAUGCGCCGCAACAACUCCAUGCGCAAGAGCAACUCCAUGCGCCGCAACAAUUCGGCUCUCUCUGUGCCCAAAGUGCAGUUCCUGACCCCGGAGAGUGGGCAAAACUCAAUUGUAACAUGACAAGAAGCUUUUCCUUUUUGGUUAUCUUGCAGCAGUCUAUCCUUAAACCUCACUUAUCCUUGUUUAACUAUUACUAAACUCCUUUUGUGUUACUUAAUAAAAACACACUUGAAAACUGUACGUUUUUAUUGUAAAUACCUCUAUAUUUUAUACUGUAAAUAUAUAUACAUUAGUGGUGUAACGGUUCAGAUUUCCCACGGUUCGGUUUGUGUCCCGGUUUCGGUUCAGUUGUGCUAUGUUCAGGUAAAAGGGAUUACUGACAAAUAAAAAUAAGAACAAAUAAUCAAGCUAUAAAUAAUAGCACCAAUAAAACAACAGAGCAAAGCAGAAAAUAAAAUAAGAUACUGUAUAACCUUUUAAGGUAGAAAUGGAUUAAAGUAAUCAAAUAAAACAUAACAUUGCAUAUGUACAAAUUAAAUAAAGAUGAAUCUUAAUUGAAGUUACAGAAGCUAUUGAGUCACAAGCAGUGAGUGAUUUCCUUGACUUUUAACAGACAGCAGGAAUAUGCUGCUGUCGCUUUAAGAGGAAUGAAACAGAUCCAGUACACCGAUACAGUACACAUGCGUUGGUUUUCGUCUGUUUCGUCCAUUCACUUAAGACAUAACCUACUAUGUUUGUUAAGAUACUCGACAAGAGGGGCAUGUUGACCUACUUCGUGUGUGAAUUUGUCCAUUUAAGCGCUUCAAAGACAACUCGAUAUUUACGCCAUGUCUCGAGACAUUCCUUAUGCGCGCUUCGGAUCUUCUCACAGUGCGCAAGUAAGUUUUCUUCUGCAUCAUCUUGCACUUAAAUGUUUAAAUUGGCAAGGCUUGAAUGAGUGUAGUUUAAACAGCAACCUGUGCUGUUCAGGUCUCACAUGCACUCGCGCGCUCACAACACCCGGGUGAUGAAAGCAUUAAUGACUGGUCAUAUUACAGCAUACGUCAAUCCUAUUGAAAUUUGUCUACGUUAUUUGAUUUGUUGUAGGUAUUAAAUAUGUAUCCAUCGACAAACAUAAAUUAGCUGAACUUUGUCAGUCUGUUUUACGCAUUAUAAUUUUUAACUAACCAUAUUAAAUGCGUCAUCAGAUUUAAGAUGAGCCGCGUGCCGAACCGUUGGUGGAGAACCGUGCGGUUAAUUUUUUUUUUACCGAGAACCGUUACACCCCUAAUAUACAUAAUAUAUUUGUUUUCUCCACUUGUCCUUAUGUGUUCACUUUUUUCCCCUCUCUCUCUUUAUAUAUUUCUUUAUAUGUUAUUAUUAUUUACUAUUGUAUAGCUGUAGACCGCCUAUGCUCUCACAAAAGCACUUCAAAUGUAUA